AUGGCGCGCGCAAGUAUGUGCGGACGAGCUUUCCUCGCGGUGGCCGUGCUUGGCAUAAGCGUGCGUGGCGAUGCCUCUGGGCAAGACUGCCUCGCGGACUCUCAGGCCGAGGUGGACAUCGAGAUCCAAGAGGAAGCAGAACUGCAGGUGAUGCGGCAGGAGCUUCUCCAGUACGGAGUUCGAAGCGUCAAGGCUGGCGAAAGUUAUCAUGCAGCUGGGCGGGCGGACGCGCAAGAAGAAGAAAGUGAUGAGGAGAUGCUCAUUGCUCAGAACCUCCACGGAGAGGAUCACGCAGUGCAGCAUGUGGUGAGUCGAGUGCUACAACUUCAGCAGCCAACUUGGGAUGGCGAGGGGAGCGCUGUGGACUGCGCCAAGUAUCCCAUGUUCUGCACAAAGAAGCUCAACUGCUCCAAGGAGCCUCUGACGAAGGCUGAGAAGGAGAAGAUGGACACGCAGAUAGCGACCAGCGGCGGCCAGGCCAACCUCAGAAGUUGGUGCCGGGCAUACCCAAUGUACUCGACUUCCAUGCAGAAGUGCAUUGUGGAGAGCGAUUCUCGUGGAUACGCCAGAGAGAUGUUCAAGGCCCAGCAAAAGCUUAAGCUGACCGGGGCCGAUGCAAUCUACUGCUUUGUCUCCGGGCACUGCAACAACACGCAGGUCACCGACAAGACUUCGAUGCACGAAGCUGAAGGCAUCUGCGACAAGAUUUAUGGACAGACGUGGAAGCACCUCGGCUGGAACGACUACAUGGCCGUGCUGGCACGCGCCCUGGAGGUCGCGACCAAGCACCACAUCCCCAAGGAGUGGAACUUCACUGGAUGGAGCUCGCUCGUCAGACUCGCCCGUCAUGAGGCCGGGAUUUCAGCAAUGACGGCCUGUGCGAUGGGCAACUUCCAGUGCGACGUGACCUAUUGCCAGCUGAACUACUGCCACAAUGACCGCUUCCGAGCAAAGUUCGGAAAUUUCUCAUGGGCAUACCCUGACGUUUGA